AGUUUUCGUUUUAUUUAUGUCAAAAGUAAAGUGAUAUAGAAAAGUCAAAAGAAAAAUAAUUCGUCGUAUAUUUUAUUUUUAAAUCAAUUUUCAAAUUAAAAUCGAACGUUUUGAAACCUACGAAAUAAAAUUCAGUAUCAGUUGUAAUCGUUUUCCAAAGGAGUAGUCUUUUUCUAAAAUUCACGAGAUGGAAAUGAGUAUAACAUAAUUGACGAUUGGCCAACAGUUAUGAUGAAGAAAUAACCUACAUUUGUACUGUAACAGCUGAUGAACUUGGUUGUCACUGAAAGGUUUCCCCAUUACGAUUUUGAAUGAGCGAAAAUGCAGUUUGUUUUAGUAAAUUUUAUCUGCAAGUUUAAUUAUUAUUUGAUUACGAGUUCGGAGUGCUAUCGAAGUUGGACUUGACGGCUAUGAGAAUAUUGUAAAUUACGUUUCGCUCAGGUUUUUCGUUCGUUUUUUGAAGAUUUUCAAAAAAAGAAUUCGAAAUGCAAGAAGAAGGGACGCCGAAAUUUUUGAAAUAUCAUCAAGGAGGCGUCCGAGGUGUCGCGUUCAGCCCUAGAGAUCGAUAUUUAUUCUGUUCUGGAGCUUGCGAUGGCAAAGUUAAUUUAUAUACAGCGCUGAGAAGCGAACUUCUCAUGUCUUACCAAAUUACCACGAUGACUCUAGCCAAAAAUAUAAACGCUGUGAGGUUCACUAUCGAUGGCUCAAAGAUUCUCGCUGCUACCACAUCGAAAAGAUUAGCUGUGGUGGACGUCGAAAGAGGAGAGCAAUUGUUAGCUUACGAUAACUGUGCGUUCAGUGGUCGAGAUCGAGCCGGUGUAGCGACCGAUCCGAUCUGCCCCAGUAUAGCUGCCUGCGUUACCGUCAAUGGUAAAGGAUUAACCUUACUAGAUCUCAGGAUGCCGUUACCAGUAGAUUUUUUGUACGAUAUACAUACUUCUACCAUCCGCGACGUUAUGUUCUUACAUCCUAGUUGGCCGUGGACCUACGGUCACCAGAGUCCUAUAUUGACCGCCGACACAGACGGAACGUGCAAUGUUACGAGCGUAAAUGGCAGAGUACUGCAUUCGUUCAAUGCUAAUCAAAAUCACGUCAAUGCUAUCUGCGCUACGCCCGAAUUAUUCAACCAGUGCGCCGAAGAUGGAUUUUACAGUCUUUUAAUGUGCGGCGGUGAUAAAAUCAGUGCGUACGUUCCAGAUAUGGGCGUGAAAGAAAUUUUACGCGAUAAUAACGAUAGUCCUAUUUGGAAAUUACGGUAUACGUCCAACGGUAGUAUAUUAUAUUCAGCCUGCGAAGAUGGCAAAUUAAGACGUUACCGAAGAUAUCCUGACCAUCACGAAUACCUUGGUGAAGUUUACUCGCACAAGGGCGAUAUUCAAGAUUUAGAUAUAUCACCGUAUGACGAAUAUCUUAUUACCGCUUCUAAAGAUAAAACAGUCGGUAUCCUAAGACUAGGUGCCCCUAAUCACGGAUGGACAGAAUACAGCGAGUUGACGUGAUCGUAAUCUUCUCUCAGAACGCGUUCAUAUCAAUUCAUGUUCUCUUUUUUUUUGUUUUGUUCAUUUUUAUCUACCAUUUUAAAGGUUUCAUUUCAACAAUUUUUUUCUAAGUACGUCGGUCUUUAUAAACGAACCAUUGAGUAUGGGAAAAUGUCGACAAAAAAGAAGAUCUACUUGACAGAGAUAGAGCUCGUCUAUAGACCGAGUUGUACUACGCUACAUUCAUCAAUACUUGUGUUCAAUUUGAAUGAAAUACCUGCUGAUUUUCAAAAAUGCUCAAUGAAACCUAUAUACCUACAGUUUAGUAACCGAGUCAUUUUUUCGUACGAUUGUAAUAACGGAAUGGAAUAGUUGACCAAAAAUUUAAUACCUUAGAACGCACACUACCAUUUUUUUUCUGUUGGAAGAGCUUAUUAUACGUUUUUUCUUAUAAUGUAACAGUGCUGUUUUUUUUUGUUUGUUUUUGAAUGAUUUUUUUUCUUUGUAAUUUUUAAUACGCUUAAUUUUUUGUAUUAAGUGGUGAUUUUUGUGAAGAAUAUAAGCGAUUGGGUAUACAUAUUAUUGUUACAUUACCACGGUACAUCAUCGGGUGCUUUCGUGACUUCCUUUACUUUGUUUUUCUUUUUCUGUUCGAUUGUUUUAUUUUAUUUAGUUUUUUUUUUGAUUUUUCAUGUAUCAGUAAAGUGACAGGAAGGCAUAGAUUUUUUGCUUCCACAUUCGAUUGCUUGUAUUCUGGGCCCCUGUUUAAGGUGAGCUUCUACUGUAAAUUUGUAUAAAAAUGUGAUAUCGGUUUUUUUCUUUUCUCUGUGUAAAUACAAAUGGUUAAACAUU